AAUUUGUUGGUAUCCUUUCAUGUGAAUCAUCAAUUAGUCCAUUACAGCUCAAUAUCACAGAUAAUAAAUGUAUUUUUAUAUUAAGGGAAAAACAUUCUAUAAAGAGCCACUCUCCUCAUCCAACCAUUUCUGCAAAACAAAACUAUUUCCUUAUCAAAUUGCCUAAUAUUAUUGUUCAGCUCAAAAAAUGAAGCGUUUGGCCUUCUUCCUCGUCGCCUUACUUCUCCUGCAGGUUUUUACAGAAGCACUUCAGCCAGCUGAUGACCUUGAUUCCUCUGAAAUAUAUGACUCAGACAUCGAAGCGUCUCUUCGCAAGGGACAUUAUCUGCAUAAGAAAAUCAAUUGCAGCUACGCGUGUGCAAGAAGAUGCAGAAAGUCGUCGAGGAAGAAUGUGUGUCAUCGAGCAUGCAAAACUUGUUGUGCCAGAUGCCACUGUGUCCCUCCUGGCACUUAUGGAAACAAAAGUGUCUGUCCCUGCUAUGCCAAGCUCAAGACUCAUCAUCACCAGCCAAAGUGCCCUUAGUCACCUACGUGCUAUUUGUUAUUCCCUUUAAAAAGCAAACUCUGUUCCCAUUUUAUCUAUAUCUAUGUUUUUGUAUGAGAGAGGAUAGAGUUCAUGGUAUCUUAGCUUUGGCCAAAAACCUCUCUGUAUCUACUUUGAAUUGACUCUUCCACAUUGUAGUUCUUGAAUGCUUGAUAAAUAUUCUUCUCAUUCCGCGAUUA